GCUCAAGUGAGCUGCCUCCGACGUUCAAAAUGUGUAUCAUAAACCCUAAAACACUACCGAGCUCUCUCACGCUUCUCGGCUUCUCCCGCCGCCGCGACGCAGUGAACCAGCGUUCAUCCUCAUCCUCCUUAGCGACUCCUAGCGCUGGUUGCCCUGAGCUCAAUUAUGAAGCUGAGAUUUUUGAGGUUGGGAGUUCUGGAGCAUUUGAAGGGAAAUUUUUCACAGCCGAGGUUUCCCCUAUGUCGACGAACAUGUUUCUCAACUAUAUCUUUCAAUGAUGGUGAAGAGACUAACAAAAUCGAGGAUGAUUUUGCUGAAGAGAAGAAAGAUUUGGAACCACAAAGUGUAGACCCCAAUAAGGGCUGGAACUUUAGAGGAGUGCAUAAGGCAAUUCUUUGUGGCAAAGUUGGUCAGGCUCCUUUACAGAAGAUAUUAAGAAAUGGGAGGACAGUGACCAUAUUUACUGUUGGAACAGGCGGUAUGUAUGACCAAAGGAUCAGUGGAAAUGAGCAUUUGCCAAAACCAGCUCAGUGGCAUCGGAUUGCUGUUCACAAUGAGCAACUUGGGGCUUUUUCUGUUCAAAAAUUAAUAAAGAAUUCUUCUGUCUUCAUCGAGGGAGACAUUGAAACUAGAGUAUACAAUGACGGUAUCACUGGCCAGGUGAAAAAUGUACCAGAGAUCUGUGUGCGUCAUGAUGGAAAAAUUCGCUUGAUCAAGUCUGGUGAUGCUACUGCUAGUAUAUCUUUGGAAGGAUUGAGGGAUGGAUUGUUUUGAAUAUCCUGGCCCUUUAAUUUCAUGAUUUGAAACUUAUCUGUCGAUUGAAGUGUGGACUCAAUAGAUUCAGCUUAUAAAUCUUGUGCGAUCUGUAUGAUUGCUGUUGGAAAUAUUUUCUGGAAACCACUUUUGGUUGAAUAAGCUUGAUUCAUGUAGGCAUGUUAAAGGAAGAAGAUAAUCCCCUCA